AUGGGUGCAGUGCUGGGCCUCUUGGAGUUGGAUGCCCGUCUCCUGGUCCUUUGCGGGCCCACGUCCUCAGCACGCCUUGCGUGUGCCUCCGCCGCAUGCGUGUCCACGCUGCCGGCGGAAAGGCGCCGGGCAGUGCAAGCUGCCCAAGGGGUCGAGGAACCGGAGCUGGUGGAGCAUGGGCCGCUGCCAGUGGAGGCACUAACCCAGGCACUCCGCACUGCUUGCCCCGAGCUGCUGGGCGACCGCACCUGGCUGCAUCUUCUGCAACCCUUGUGCAGCUCUCCGCCGCCCGAUGCGGCUGCCGACGGCGUGCUGGCUGCCGUGGCUCGGCGCCCAGCGCUCGCCGGCUGCGCGGCGGUGUGGGCCGCAGCACUGGGGCGUCGCGCGCUGGCCGUGGAGCUGCAGGCCAUGGCGCCGACCGAACCGCGGCCAGCGGUGCUGCGGAGCAUGGAGGAGACGGGAAACGUGGAGCAAUUCUUUGAAGAUGUGUUGGAAGGACGCGACUGGUCCGGCCAUCCACCGGAACGACGUGGGCUGCUGCCGGUGGACUCCUCUGGCGGCCGCGGCCGACUCGGCCGCGCGGCGGACGCAAGGUUUCUGCUUUUUGAAGCCUAUAGACUUCUUGACUGA